CGGCAGAGGCGGAUGCGGCGGCAUCGUGACGCGCAGAAGAAGACGCUUCCCGAUGCGUCAUUUCCGGUUUCGAGAAGAGCCACUGGACAACAACACAAAUGGAAGGAAAAAACAAUGUAGAUGAGCUGGACGCUCGCCUUCAACUGCUCGAGAAACGCGUUUAUGGCGAAAGAGGAGGAGGAAGAACCAAUAAACCAGUGAAGUGUGCUGAAUCACUCACAAGGAUCAGUGCUGCUCUGGCAAACACCGCAAACAAGAGAGAACGAGUCAAGAUCCUUCACAAGAAGAUUGAAGAUUUGCUGAAGUAUUUGGACCCCCAGUUCACAGACUUCAUUUGUGUGCCAGAUGCAAUGAAACUAGAGUUCAUUCUGGCAGAGGAGGAGUUUCUGCGAUCUCAGGCCACGUUACUGGAGCAGGUGCACAAUCUGCAGCCUCUUCUGGACAGCAGCCACAUCAAAGCGGUCCCAGAGCUGACCACUAAAGUGCAGCGAUUGUCACAGAUUCACAUUCAACAGCAGGACCAGAAUGAAGAGUUGUCUGCUGAAGUGAAGAAGCUGUUUGAAGAAUACAACAAAAUGAUGUUUCUCUUAUCGAAGCAGUUUUCACAGUGGGAUGAAACUCUUCGCAAGCUGGAAGGACCCAAGCAAGGCCAGCAGAUGGACUAAUGCUUAGAUUUGCAGAUAUGAUUAAUAAAACCGCACUGUCAUUCCUAAA